UGUCAUUAAUUUCUUACAAAAGGAGCUUGGGAGAAAAUCUUAUACAUAAUGUUUUGUUGACCUGGUGAAAUCUAGUGGCUAUAUGUCUCCAGAAUAUGCAUUGGAUGGAUUGUUUUCCAUCAAAUCAGAUGUAUUCAGUUUCGGAGUAGUCGUACUUGAGAUAAUCAGUGGGAGAAGGAAUACUGGAUUUUAUCAGUCAGAAGAAGCCUUAAACUUGUUGGGCUAUGCAUGGAAAUUGUGGACAGAAAAAGCUGAGACACAAUUAAUAGAGAAGUCAUUACUUGAAUCAUGCAACAGAAGUGAAGCAAUAAAGUGCAUAAAUAUUGCGCUCCUGUGUGUACAAGAUGAUCCAAAUCAUCGUCCUAAUAUGUCAGAUGUCAUUUUAAUGCUGGGAGGGGAAGGUGCUAACCUUCCAACACCUAAUAGACCAGCUUUUGUAAUAAGGACACAUGCUUCUAGCACAUCUUCUUCUUCCUCCGAUAAGAAAUACAUUGUAUCCAACAAUCAGGUGACGAUUACAGUUGAAGAAGGACGUUAGCAGGAAUAGUGAAGCCAUUUAAUUUGCAUGGAAUGGGCUAGGAGUGACACUAGGAUUUAAUGACGAGCAAUAUUGUACUGCUUAAUCCCUAGUUGACCUCUACUUUGGUCCUAAGAGUCUACGGAUAAUUGUGCGUUGGUACUUGGUCAAUGUCCUCUCUAUAAUAGUAAGGACAAAAGGUGGAAAACUUACAAGUAUUUGUACUCAAAAACAUAUAUAAUUUUGCUUUAGAACGUAGUAGGCCUUAGCAAUCAAGUACAAGAGUAAUUCGAUUAUCCCUGAUGCCUUCAAAUGUAUAUAAUAUUACAAAUUCUUAUCAGCAAUGUAAAUUCUCUUUCUUAUUCAGUAUGUCAUUGGCCCAACCCCACCUCACUCAAGAGAGAGAAAAGUUUG